AUGGCGAGUUGCCGCGCCGUGGGAUCCGCGACGCCGUCGACGUCGACGGCGCGAUCCGUCGCGGCGCCUCGGCGCGUCGCGCGGCACCCCGCCGCGUGCGUUCCGCGUCCGCGGACCCUAUCCGAUGAUGCGUCGUCGUCGUCUCGGCGGUCCGGUUCCGUCGCGGCCCGGUCGUGGAAUCCCCUGUCGGUUCUCGCGCCCCCGGACAUCUCCGGCGACCUCCUGGCGUCCGUCGCCACCUUGGUGCUCAGAGGGGUCCUGCGCAGCGCGGACGACGUCCGGUUCGUGGUUGACUGCUCCGCCGGGGACCUCGUCCAGGGAAGAGUCGACGGCGUGACCCUCUCCGGCGAGCGGUGGGUGUCGCCCCUAAACCUGACGUGUCAGCGGAUCCGAUGCGUCGUGGGCGCGGUAGAGAUCGACCCGAUCGCGCUCUUGACGAAACAACGCGUCGAGCUGCGCACGACGCCCGUCGGGACGUGCGAGGUGUCGUUCGACGCGCCAGACUUUGGCAACUUUUUGGUGCACCCGCAGUUCCAGAACGCCGUGGCUCGGUCGCGGCGGGAGUGGGGGUUCGACUUUACGUUUCGUCGCGACGGCGUGCGGCUGGAGGACGGCGCGGUGGUGUUCUUCGGGACGCGCGGCGGCGGCGGCGGCGGCGGCGAGGGGGGGGACGAAAGGGACGAAAGGGAGGAGAGCGGGAACGUCGUCGAAGUUCGCAUGCGACCCGUCGGUCGCGGCGACGUCGAGUGCGUCGUCGCCGGGUCGGGCGCCACGUCGGAUGCCACGUCGGAUGUCACGUCGGAUGCCACGUCGGCGGCGCUCGAGAGGUUCUUCCGCGAGCUCGCCGUGAACUUGCUCGGGGCGGAGUUGCGGUACGGGGACAUGGCGGUGGACGAAGCGCGAAUCACGCUGGCGCUGACGCUGCGUGUGCUCAAGUUCCCGAGCUCGCUGAACGGGUCAUGCGACCCGAUUGGGUGUUAUUUGCGUUGUCGAUCAGAAGCCCGACUCGUCAGAUCCGCGCGGGCCAUGCUUCGCCGAGCGGCGUCGCGGGCCGCGCUCGCCCUGGCUCGGCGUGACGUCGCGCCUCUCGAUGGUUUUGGGUUCGAUGGCUGGCGCGUCGCCUCGCGCUCCUUUGCCUCGGACGGCUCCAAGCGGAAGCAGCCCGUGAACCCGGUAUGGCGGGUGGUGGAGGAUGAGGUGACAACUCAGCCUCCCAAGCCCGAGCCUCCCAAGCCGGAGCCUCCCAAGCCCGAGCCGAGGCCCGCGGAGCCCAAGGCGAGGCCCGUGCCGAAGCAGGUUCCGACGCCGGCGCGCAAACCCGCGCCCAAGCCGCCGCCCAAGCCGGGGCCCGCGCGCGAGAAGCGAUCGCCACCACCCCCGCCAGAGCCAUCGAGGCCACCGCCACCGCCACCGCCGCCGCCACCGCCGCCGCCGCCACCGCCGCCGAGGCCGCCGCCGCCAAACCCGCCGAAGCCAGCGCCCCCGGCGACGUUCCCGGUCGAGCCCCCAGCGCCGACGCGCGCGCCUCCGGUCGAACCCGAUCCCGAGAAGCUGAUCCGCGCCGGCGAGGCUCUCGACCUCGGCCAAUCGACUCGGAUGGUCUUCGACUCGGACAGCGUCGGAUCCAUGGGCCGCGUCAGAAAGACCCUCGGGUACGACUGGCACGCGUGGCACCUGCUGGUGGCGAUGAUACCCGGCGCGUUGGCGUUCGGGUUCGCGCGUUCGAUCGAGCGCGGUCAAGACCGAGAGGAGUGGGAGAAGAAUCUGAAGGCGCGGAUGAACUCCGCGACGGGCGCCGGCUCUCCGAGCGUCGUCGACCCCUUCUCCGCCAGGGGUUGGCGACGCGACGCGCCGGGGGGGGGAGGGGAGGUCGCGGGUUCGAACCCCGGCGGGGACGAACCCGUGGGCAUCGACGAGCUGAGGGCGAAGCUGGACGAGGUACGAGCCGCGUUGCCCGCGCUCGAGGAGGAGUUGCGACGGCGCGAACGAAAAGAAGGGGAGAAAACUUUGAAGGAGGAGGAUGGGGAGGCGGCCGGGCACGAGGCCGAGAAGGCCGCCGUGGAAGAGGCGGAGCCUUCGACGUCCACGUCAUCGUCCACGUCAUCGUCCACGUCAUCGUCCGACGCGUCGUUCCUUCGCGUCGUUCACGACGGGUUGCGACGGGGCGGCGAGCGAGCCAAGGCGCCGAUCAAGCGCUUCGUGGACGCCACGUCAUCGGCCAUGUCAUCGGCCACGUCAUCGGCCAAGGCGCCGAUCAAGCGCUUCGUGAACGUAACCAAGGAGGGCACGACGCGCUUCGCAAAGGGCGUCGAGGGCUUCGUCAGACGGAGACGAUCUGACGGGGAAGGACGCGCGAAGACCGCGGCGGAGAAGGAGGCGGCGCGCGCGGCCAAGGAACGGGCGCGGGCUGAGCGCGAAAAGGAAAAGGAAGUCGCCAGGGAGCGAGCCGCCAAGGCAAAGGCGGAGAAGGCGGCCAAGGCAAAGGCGGAGAAGGCGGCCAAGGCUGAGAAGCUCGCGCUGGAGAAGGCGGCCAAGGCUGAGAAGCUCGCGCUGGAGAAGGCGGCCAAGGCUGAGAAGCUCGCGCUGGAGAAGACCGAGAAGGAACGUGCGAAGGCGGCGGCGAAGGCGGCGCCGACGAAGGAGGCCACGAUCGACGCGUCCACGUCCUCAUCGUCGUCGUUGUCGUCGUCGUGGACCGCGUCCCUUCGAGACUGGACCCGAGGCUGGACCGGCUCGUCUUCCGCGGCGUCCGACACACCGACGCCCUCGUCGCACACCCCAACCGGGCCCUCGUCGAUGCCGCCGUCCGUGAGCCUCGCCGACGUCAUCGCGUGGUGGCGGGGUAAGGCGGACGACCUCGCGGGCGUCGGCGCGGCUGCCCGCAGCACAGCUGGCGAAGAACGCGACGACGACGGCGAGGAGGGCGACGACGAGCCCUGGGGCUACGGCGACGGGAGGGACUCGUACGCGUCUCCGAGGAGGAACUCGGCGCGGGAGGGGGCCGGAGGCGGCGCCGCGGGGCUGCGCAGGACCGUCGGGAAGAUGGACGGGUGGUUCAGGAACAUCGCGGAGCAGUCGGAGGGUGGGGAGGGGUGA